AUAACAUAAGAGGUGGGCGGGGACCGGGGCAACAAAUGAGAGCUUGGGUGCGCAUCGCUGCCGGAAUCUAAAGGAGGCGCGAGGCAGUUUGCACUGGGCAAGAACGCGGCUGCAAGAGCGACGGGAUUUUCUGCCUCUUUGAAGCAUCAUGGAUCGCGGGGACGAGGCCGUCGUUUUCGUUGCUGCUGCAAGGACCCCUGUCGGAUCCUUCAAUGGUGCCUUGUCAACCCUGCAUGCCCAUGAAUUGGCUUCAGUAGUCAUUAAAGAAUUGUUGGAGAGGACAAAAAUUGAUCCUAAAGAAGUAUCUGAAGUUAUACUUGGACAAGUAUUGACUGCAGGUGCUGGCCAGAAUCCUGCUCGACAAGCCAGUGUUGGGGCAGGGAUUCCAUAUGAGAUACCAGCUUGGAGUUGUCAAAUGAUAUGCGGAUCAGGCCUGAAAGCCGUAUGGCUCGGGGCUCAGUCUAUUAUGACAGGAGAUUCCAGUAUUGUGGUGGCUGGUGGUAUGGAAAACAUGAGCAAGGCUCCUCAUGUCAUUCAUUUGCGUAAUGGGGUGAAGAUGGGGGAAGCCUCUUUGCAAGACACUAUUAUCGUAGAUGGCUUGACAGAUGCCUUCUACUGUUAUCACAUGGGUAUUACAGCUGAAAAUGUGGCCAAACAGUGGAAGGUUACUCGAAAAGAACAAGACCAACAGGCUGUAAUGUCACAGAACAAGGCUGAAAAUGCCCAGAAGGGUGGAUAUUUUGAUAAAGAGAUUGUACCUGUGGUUGUCCCUUCUAGAAGAGGCCCCACGGAAGUGAAAGCUGAUGAACAUCCUCGCCAUGGGUGCAACCUAGAAACAGUGGCAAAGUUGAAACCUUGCUUCAUAACCGAUGGGACAGGCACCGUGACUGCAGCAAAUGCCUCAGGUAUAAAUGAUGGUGCCGCUGCUGUUAUUCUUAUGAAAAAAUCAGAAGCAAUUAAACGAAAUCUCAUUCCUUUGGCACGGAUCGUGUCUUCGGCUCAAGUUGGUAUUGAUCCUUCAGUUAUGGGAAUAGCACCCAUCACAGCAAUAAGAAAAGCUGUGGAAAAAGCUGGUUGGACAUUGGAUCAAGUGGAUCUAUAUGAAAUUAAUGAAGCUUUUGCUGCAUUAGGUGUUGCAAUAACAAAAGAACUAAAACUCAAGCCAGAAAAGGUAAACAUUGAAGGUGGGGCUGUUGCUCUUGGCCACGCCCUUGGAGCAUCUGGUUGUCGAAUCCUAGUUACACUUCUGCACUCACUAGAACGAACAGGUGGAAAACGAGGAGUUGCAGCUUUAUGUAUAGGAGGAGGAAUGGGCAUAGCUAUGUGUAUAGAAAGAUAAAGGAAACUUUUCUUUGAUUUUAUAUCAAUUUGUAACACAACUUAUCUUUAUUAGUAAGUAAUAAACAAUAUUAGCCAAUACCUAUAUAUUGAUACUAGGUAAGAUCUAAGCAUCCUGCUGUCAGUUUAAGUAGAACUUUCUUCAACAAUCUACUUGGUGUCUUGCCUCAGAUUUCUAAUGAAGACAAGGGAUCACUGAAUCUUUUAGAAGGCGGCAGCCUAUACACCUACUAUUCACACCCACCCCAAUAACCUCUAGCGAUAACUUCAUCCUACCUUUGAGAAAAAUAGCCAUUACAUUAUAACUUUUCCCCCUUUCUCCAAUACUAGCAUAAGCUACGACCAGUUUAUGUGUACACAAGGGAGGGGUUUUUAUAUUCAGCUGCAUUAUUCCCAGUAGCAAAAUACUUACAAGAAAUGCACCAAAAGCUAUGUGUUUGGCUGUAACUUGACUUUAUUAGUGCUGAAGCCCUCAGGUUUUCUCCAACAUCUUCCCCUUUACAAUCUGCAUUAUACUACUGAUACAAAUACAAAAUAUGGCCAUAUUUCAUUUAUUUGCUAGUUAUGCAGAAGUCUGACAGCUUGCUUUCAUCAACAUACUAGUUAAUACA